GUACAGUAGGUGUCGUGACGUCAGGCAGGCAGGGUCACAUGACCUGGUCCCCUUACAGUACGGAGCCAACAUGGCAGCGGGCAGCUGAGCGCGGCAACACCGACUCGCAGCGACUCCGAGCGGCACCCAAGCCGGGACAUGAGGGACGCUGCACGGAGGAAGAGGAGGAGGCGGCGGAGGAAGAAGAAGGGACGGACAUGGGCUGAGGCCGCCAAGACGGUCCUGGAGAAAUAUCACAACACCCCAAUGAGCCAUAAGGAGAUCCUACAAGUCAUCCAGCGCGAAGGCCUGAAAGAGAUCAGCGGCACGUCCCCCCUCGCCUGCCUGAACGCCAUGUUGCACACUAAUUCCCGGGGAGAAGAGGGAAUAUUCUACAAGGUUCCGGGGAGGAUGGGAGUCUAUACACUUAAGAAAGACGUUGGCGAUGGGGUGAAGGAGAUUUCUGACUGCUCAGAAGACAGCAGCGAGGCUCAUUCUGACUCCCAGACUUCGGAGCACAGCAGCACCACCAGCGGCAGCACCAGCAGCAACAGCAGCGGCAGCGCCAAGGACAGGCGUAGCAGCCGAUGGAGAAGAAAAGUCGCAUCUAGAAUAUCCCAGCCAUCCUCUCCCCAAUCAGGCUGUCCAUCUCCCUCCAUCCCUGCGGGGAAAGUCAUCUCUCCAUCUCAGAAGCACAGCAAGAAGGCCCUCAAACAGGCUUUGAAGCAGCAACAGCAAAGGAAGAAGCAGCAGCAGAGGGUGGGAAUGCCAGUCCCUGCCAGCCAGCGCCUCCUGCUGACUACAGUGAAGACUGCAAACAAUGUUGCCCCUGCCAAGCCAACCCCAACCCACACAUGGGAAGCCAAACAGCCAGAGGGCCAAGCAAGCAAUGCCCACAUCUCUGCGCCAUCCGGCACCUCCCUGGCAUCUCUACAUGGACUGGGGAAGAAGGCAUUGCCGAGAUCAGACCGGCUGCAAGCCAGACAUAUAAAAAGAACAAAAUGCGCAGAGAUCGACGUAGAGACACCGGACUCCAUCUUGGUCAAUACCAACCUACGGGCACUGAUAAACAAACACACCUUCUCACUCCUGCCCGGGGACUGUCAGCAACGGCUCCUCCUCCUGCUGCCUGAAGUGGACCGACCAACUGGUCCCGACGGCCUGAUGAAGCUCAACAGUUCCGCCCUAAACAACGAGUUCUUUACCUCGGCGUCCCAGAGCUGGAAGGAGCGGCUCUCAGAAGGGGAAUUCACCCCAGAGAUGCAGCUUCGUAUCCGCCAGGAAAUUGAGAAAGAGAAGAAGGUGGAGUCGUGGAAGGAGCGCUUCUAUGAGAGUUACUAUGGGGAGAACUCUGGGCUAAACCCUGACGAUUACAAAGAGCUGAUUGCAGAGACCAACGAUACUUUGGCCAGAACCCAAGUCUCCCCUCCAAAGGAACAGUGUAAGUCCGACCCGUGCCCUGAACUCCAGCCGGUUGAGGCCAAGGUUGAGACCACAGCCCAGAAGGGUAUAAAUGAAGGCCCACCAAUAAAGAAGGAAGAUGAAGGCACUGUUCAUGUAAAGGCCGAAUUACCAACAGCCGGUGAUACCCAGCGCCCCCCCGAAGUCAUGCCAGCGGAUACCAAAGAGAAAGUCAGCACUGUUCCUGUGAAGACAGCAGAGGGCGCUGCAGAGGUUAUAACCCCAGUUCCCAGCAAAGAGACUGGGCAUAAAAUAUCCCCUAAGCCGGAGGAGACAGACUCAGAGAGCCAGGGUACACCAACCCCAACCCCACUAACCAGUCCUGUCCAUAUGCAGCCUCCCAGCACUCCCACAGCCAAGGCUGCGCCGGCUCAGGGUUCCGGGGCAGAGGGGUCGCCAGAGAAAGUGGAGCUCGCAAUCGGCACACGAGUCAAGAGGAAGCUGGAUGUGGGCGCCGGGGAUUCGGAUAAUGCUGGGAAAUGCAUACGGAUAUCGGAGCAGCAAGAAAUCCAGCGGCCAUUUCGUGACUUGUGUAGCCCCAGUACCAAAGGGACGGCCCAGGGGUCGGAACAAAAAGUGCCCCCACUUAAGAUCCCUGUCUCUUGGUUACCUACAAAGCCCUUUCCCAGCAGCCGGGUCUCUUCCAGGCCCUAUUUUCCAACCACCGGCACCAGUCCCAGCAGAACAGGAGCAAGAACCUUGGCAGACAUCAAAGCCAAAGCCCAGCUGGCCAGAGCCCAGAGGGCAGCAGCGGCGGCAGCAGCAACAUCAGCUGGCCUCUCUGUCGGUUCAUCAGUGCCAGGGCCAGGGCCUGGAGGGGGAACCGGACCUGGAGGAGGAGCCGGACCUGGAGGAGGAGCCAGACCUGGAGGAGAGGCGAGGAAUCCAGCAGCUGGCACCAGUGAAACAGGACACAGGGCCGGAGUACUGGACGUGGGAAGUACUGGAAGCUGGAGAGGUGAGAGGGGAAAUCCAGCCCUUCCAUCAUGCACCCAGACUUCCAGGGAGACCCAGAACCCACUGCAGGUAUCACCUGACAGUACAGCAAGAACACAGCUACUGCAAAAAUCCAGUCUACAACCCAGACACCCAAUAACAGGAGCCCAGGCAUCUCUAGCCUAUGGCUGUCCCUUACCUGCCCGGAGCAGUGCCAGCAUCAGAAUGCCCAAUCCGUUAUCUGAUAGACUGGUGGCAACAUCUGGCACUGUGGCCCCUGGGGUUACAGCUAUACCUCCAUCAAGCACAAGCUGCUCAUCACCACAGAACCUAAAAGGUAUCCGGGCCAACCUAGCUGCUCAAAUCAGACCUAGAAUUUCUUUAGGCACUCAGACAAUCCCACCAAGGCCUACGGAGACAGUCCCACCAAAGCCUGCCGAGACAAUCCCACCAAAGCCUGCCGAGACAAUCCCACCAAAGCCUGCCGAGACAAUCCCACCAAGGCCUGCCGAGACAAUCCCACCAAGGCCUGCCGAGACAAUCCCACCAAGGCCUGCCGAGACAAUCCCACCAAGGCCUGCCGAGACAAUCCCACCAAGGCCUGCCGAGACAAUCCCACCAAGGCCUGCCGAGACAAUCCCACCAAGGCCAGCUGAGACAAUCCCACCAAGGCCAGCUGAGACAAUCCCACCAAGGCCUGUCGACACAAUCCCACCAAGGCCUGUCCUGUCUCAGGCAGUAACUUCUAACCUUUCCACACCAGCCAAAGCUCAGGCACCCAGUCAGCCAGCAGGUCCCAUUCCAAGCACUCAGAGGGUGCCCAUAAGGACGGGCUCUAGCAUACCCGCCAAUAACCCUCUGGUUACCCAACUCCUGCAGGGCAAGAGUGUCCCCAUGGAGCAGAUAAUGCCCAGACCUCUCAACAAGAUGGAAGUAAAGACCAUUCCUAUAGGUUCUGGUCAGAAGGAGAGGGUAACUAACACAGCUGGAGUUAGUGCCCCUGCAGGGGGCAUCAUGGUAAGUAGAGAAGAUUCAGAAAAGCCCUCACACAUGGCUGUCCAACAGCUGGAAAGGUUUCUUAGCCAAAAUCGGCAGCUGCCGUCCAGCCAAAGGAUCCUGCAGCUCUUCUCUGGAAGAGAUCUGAGCAGUAUUAGCCAAUCACAGAGCCAGGAAGCAGCCAGCAGUACCGCCCAAGAGCAAACUCUCCAAUCACUGAUCAGAAAGGUUCAACAAGAGAAAUCAUUGGUCGGCCCCAAUCCAGCUGAACCGAGUGAAAACACAUCCGCCAGUCAGAGGUUCAUGUUUGGCUUUGUGGGCCGGCGAACGUCUAAACCUGCCAUGUCGGGGCACUACUUGCUAAACAUCGCUACGUACGGCCGCGUUCCCGAGAGCUUCCGGCGAGCACAGGCUGUAAGUCCUGAGCGGGGCAUCAACCUGAGUGACCCAGAGAGGUCUCAACCCAGAGACGAUGAAACAGAAUCCGUUACUGAGAGCGAAGAAGAAGAAAACAGUGAGAACAAUCCAGAGGAUAGUGAAUAUGCCCCCCGAUAUCUCCCCAUAGCCGUAAGUCACCCCACCACACUCAGGACUGCAAAACUCGAGGCCCCCAUGUUAGAUCUGAAAGAAACGGUCCAGGCUUUAUCAAGGGGGGACAUUUAUGAUGAGUCCCACAUAGCCAGAGACUUUAUCCAGGCCGCCCAGGCCAAGAUGGUGAAUGUAUUGGGCAUAAAGCUGAAAGGUGAUGCUUCUGAGCUGUUCAGGGCGAGCAAGUCCCACGAGGGCUCCCAGCCGCCCCAUUCUGAGCAGAUACACACGGGCGGGCCCGCCAGCCUCAUCGGAUCCAGUUACGGAGGAACCAUCAAUAUCACCACUUCGCCCGAGGGAAUGCAGGGGCCCUCCAUCCCUACAGGGGGCCAUCUCACACCCACCAGCGCUGACAAUCUGGUCUCCUUCUCUGUCACCGUCACAACCAUCCCAUCCAGCCACAUCGUAGACUCAAGUGAUCACGACCAACCCGUUUCUGUCCAGGCCUUCACCGAGGACCCCGGCAGGGACACGGCCCCUUCCAAAUGCUACUGUCGACUGAAAGCCAUGAUCAUUUGUAAAGGCUGUGGCGCCUUCUGCCACGACGACUGCAUUGGGCCCUCGAAACUCUGCGUCUCCUGCCUGGUGGUGCGGUGACGGCAAACCCACGGCUACGAUCUCAUUGGCCGAGAAGGAAGGACACAGAGGGUACUCUAAUGGAUCAACAAUGUUGACACGUUUGCACUUAUGAAAUCCUGUAUAUAAUAUAUAUAUAUAUAUAUGUGAGUGUGAGUGUGGGGUCCGAAUAGGCCUAUUUUGUAGAUUUAUAGGAAUACUGCCCAAAGAAUAUGUCCCCCAAAUGCACAGCAAUACCCCCUAGCGUCCUGCCCUUAGACUCCUCUUGUCUGACCUGCAGGAACAGCGUGCACUAAAGGGGGGCUGGGGGGGUCUCUGGUCAAGCAAUAAUUUUAUAUUGUCCGUUCCAUUGGGAGUUCACUGUCUUGUUGUCUGUCCUUCUGCCCCAUUGCCCCAGGGUUGUUUUUAUUUGUAGGAGCAGAUGUAGGAAGAUAAAGCGUUUUUAAAGACUGAAUUAUGAGCACUUACUGUGGGGGUGGUGGAUCCCUGGGGGGGGGCACAGAUCCACUUUCUGGCUGUAGCAACACUCCUCUUCAUUUAGGGACUGGGGAUUGGGAUCAGAUUCCAAACAAUCUUAGGGGUGUAUUUAUUAAAAUGGGAGACAAACAUCACCCGUGAUUUGUCUCUGUCUUCAAUUUUAAUAAAUACACAAUCACUUUCUAUGAGAAAAUCAUCAAUAGAUCCUAAUGUUAUUGGGCAUCACUGUGAUUUUAUCUUGUGUCUUCUCCCUUAUUACUGACCCCAAUUCCUUUAUUUAGUGCUGUAGGGAAAAGCACAUUGGGCAUUCAGCAAUCUAACUGUCCUGGGCUGACCCGGGGUAACUGCCAGGAAGCAAUUGCCCCUUCUUGAGGCACAUUGAAACCACUGACAGAUGGAGUUUAUUCAGCUUCCUCUGAAUCAUCUAGAAGUUAGGUAGGAAUGGGUAGCUGUGAUGUUUGGAGUUAUAGUUCAGCAGCAGCUGUGGGACACGCCCACAGAACUGUUUGCACCUCCCAAAGGACACGCCCCAUAUUUUGUAAAUAAAAGGUGUUUUUAGUAAUGAUCGUGAUUUGUAAUGACAAUUAGUGUUUAGCCUGAUAGCAAUAAAACGAACGGAAAACGGGUUUAAACGACAGGGUUUGUAAGAGAAUGGGGGGCCCCCGAGAGAGCCCAUUGGUUAUCCAUGUGAGCCACUACCAACAGGGGGGCAGAGUGAUCUAACAACACUAAGUGACCUGGUUGCUAUGGACUCAGAACUGCCCCGGAGUUCAGGUGCAAUGGCUGAAAUGUAUUAUUUUAAAAUAAAUGUCAUUUUAUCUCAGUUUUGUUACUUGAAUGAGAGACGUUGGAGAAGUUUGGAGAGUCUGAUACAAAGGGAAGGGCCCCAUUCAUAUAUUGCCGUGUGUGUGGCCCCUGCCUGGGGCCCAUCUCCAGACAGAGUUGGCAGCUUAUCAGCCCCUGUAUGGGCCCCUCCUGAUGCUCUGCCUAACCACUGUCUCGCUAUAGAGCAGCCACAUAUCCCUCAGUCAGCUUAGUCCCUAUGGGGUAUGGCUCUAGAGCAGUCCAGUUCUGUGUAUUUGCUGUGUGCUAGACCAGUUCAGUUCUGUGCAUUCGAUGGCUCUAGAACAUUAGGUGUUGCUUAUGUUCUCAGAUAAAAGUCACGUUCUGCACCUUCGCUGAGUGGUGGAACAACUUGUGUUCUAGAGCUUAGACCUUCCUUUGUUGCCAGAAACCCAGAUAAGGCUCUGUGCUGGUCCGGUCUCUUCAUGGACCCCCAUCUUUCAGGUGUAACCUCUCACUUAUCGCCUCUUCUGAUUCUCACUCAUUCUAACUGACACUUAGCCCUGAGUAAAUGCCAUUCAGAUUUAGUACCCACAGUAGGAGCCGCUGUACCGUUGCUACACAAUAUACUGGGUAGGGAGUGGAUUUAUUGCCAUGGCUGCUAUGU